UGCUGCAGAAAACAACAAGAAACACUGAUAAAAGCACAUAAUUUACUGCCUUUGUUUGUCCCCUAUCAUCAGCUAAUCUUACUGGGCUGAGCCACAGUUAAACUUUGUCCUCCCCAGCGAAACCAUGUCAGCCUACCAAAUGGGAUCGGGCCAUGCCGUGCCCAUGACUCUUUUCCGGGACAACAGGGAUCGCGCAGUGAAGGCGAUCCUGAAGGAGCUCCUUCCGGGCCUAAAGUUCGAUGCGGGCAACCUGCUGGUGCUGCUCGAGGGCGGCAAGGACAAGAGCCUGUACAACACCGACGUGGACUACGUUUUCCGGCAGGAGUCCUACUUCCAGUACUUGUUUGGCGUCAAGGAGCCCGCCUGCUAUGGAAUCCUCACCAUCGAUGUGAAGACGGGCGCCCAGAAGAGCAUCCUGUUCGUUCCCCGCUUUCCCGACGAGUACGGCACCUGGAUGGGCGAACUGCUUGGUUUGGAGGCCUUCAAGGACAUGUACGAGGUGGACGAGGUGCUCUACGCCGACGAAAUGAACGUAUAUUUGGAGAGGGCGUCGCCCAAGCUGAUACUCACGCUGAGUGGAACCAAUAGCGAUAGUGGGCUCACCCUCCAGCCGCCGGAGUUCGAGGGCAAGGAGAAGUAUGUGACCGACUGCGAUCUUCUGUAUCCCAUCCUCUCCGAAUGCCGGGUGAUCAAGUCACCGGCGGAAAUCGAGGUGCUGCGUUAUGUGGCCAAGGUCUCAUCGGACGCCCACAUCAAGGUGAUGAAGUUUAUGCGUCCCGGUCGCAUGGAGUUCGAGGGCGAGUCCCUGUUCCUGCACCACGCCUACUCGGUGGGCGGCUGCCGGCACGCCUCGUACACCUGCAUCUGCGGCAGCGGAACGAACUCAGCGAUCCUGCACUAUGGUCAUGCGGGCGCACCCAACAGCCGGCCCGUCCAGGACGGCGAUCUCUGCCUGUUCGACAUGGGAGCCAACUAUUGCGGCUAUGCGGCAGACAUCACCUGCACGUUCCCGGCCAACGGCAAGUUCACCGAGGAUCAGAAGUUCAUCUACAAUGCCGUUUUGGCUGCACGUGAUGCGGUGACGGAGGCGGCCCGGGAUGGAGUAUCCUGGGUGGACAUGCACAGGUUGGCGGGCAAGGUGCUGCUGCAAAAGCUGAAGGAGGGCGGCUUGCUGACGGGCGACGUGGAGGAGAUGCUCGAGGCAGGAGUUUCCGGCGUGUUCCAGCCGCACGGUCUGGGUCAUCUCAUUGGUCUGGAUGUGCACGAUGUGGGCGGUUACCUGCCCACGGAACCGAGUCGCCCCAGUGAGCCGUGGCUGAGCAAGCUGCGAUUUGCCCGAAUCCUUAAAGCCGGCAUGUAUGUGACCAUCGAACCGGGCUGCUACUUCAUCAAUUGGCUGAUGGACAAAGCUUUGGCCGAUCCAAACAUUGUUAAAUACAUCAACGUAGAGAUGUUCAACCGCUUCCGUGGAUUUGGAGGCGUGCGCAUCGAGGACGACGUGCUAAUCACAAAAACGGGCGUCGAGAACUUUGCCAUUGUGCCACGCACAGUUGAGGAAAUCGAGGCAGCUAUGAGCUCGCCUUAAAUAUAAACUGCAGGCUUAGAGCUUGGAAAAAGUAU